AUGGAACUCCGCAAGUUCUUCCGUUCCAUCGAUCUUUGGGUGGCCAACUCCCGCUUCGGGAGCUACUUUCGUCUCGGGGACAGCGACAACCCCGACAAGAUUGACGGCGCAAGCUUCUGCCGCGAAAUCCGAGCUGGCCUGACCACCUUUGCCACAAUGGCCUACAUCAUCUCCGUCAACGUCCGCCGUGUGCCCCCUUAUGUUCGACGAGAGCUGAUCACGGCCACGGCCGCCAUCGCGGGCCUUUCUUCUCUCGUAUUUGGCAUUGUUACAAAUCUUCCCGUGGCUCUCGCCCCGGGAAUGGGACUCAACGCCUAUUUCGCCUUCCAGGUCGUCGGUGUAAACGGAGACGGCAAGAUUCCAUAUCAAACCGCCCUCACGGCCGUCUUCAUCGAAGGCAUCAUUUUCGUCGUACUAGCACUCAGCGGCAUGAGGCAGUGGCUGGUCAAGCUCAUCCCGUCCACGCUAAAGGUCGCCACCGGGGUCGGCAUUGGCUUCUUACUGACCGAGAUCGGGCUCUCCUACUCGGUUGGCAUUGGAGCCAUCACAGGCGGCGGCCGAGCAACACCACUGGCCCUGGGAGGAUGCCCGCCCGAGCUCCUGAGCGCGACGACCGGAAUGUGUGAAUCCGGCCAAAUGACUAAUCCCAAGUUGUGGCUUGGCGUCUUUUGCGGCGGUAUCGUCACGGCUUUCCUCAUGGCAUACCGCAUCAAGUACUCGCUCGUCAUCGGAAUCGCCCUCGUCUCUGUGAUAUCCUGGCCUCGCAACACACCCGUCACCUACUUCCCAGACACGGACGAGGGCAACUCACGCUUCGACUUCUUCAAGCAAAUCGUCGCCUGGCACCCCAUGAGCAAGACCCUGAACCAACUCGACUGGACCUUUUCCAGCGGCAGUUCGCAGUUCGCACUCGCCCUCUUCACGUUCCUCUACGUCGACAUCAUCGACGCCACAGCCACGUUGUACUCCAUGGUCCGCUUCUGCGGCGUCGACGACCGCAAGGACGGCGAUUUCCGUCGUUCCACACUGGCAUACUGCACCGACGCCUUGUUCAUCUCCAUCGGCGCCCUGUUUGGAUUGUCCCCUGUCACGGCAUUCAUCGAGAGCGGAGCCGGUAUCGCUGAAGGCGGGCGGACCGGAAUCACAGCCAUCGUCUCGGGCUUGUGUUUUCUCACCUCCAUCUUCUUCGCCCCUGUUUUCGCCUCUCUUCCUCCCUGGGCAACUGGGUGCACAUUAAUCAUGAUAACGCAGGUCAACUGGUACUAUAUCGGGGAUGUAUUGCCUUCUUUUAUAGUCAUGACCUUUAUACCGUUCAGCUACAGCGUUGCCUACGGUCUCAUUGCAGGGAUAUUCGUGUACACAAUACUGAACGGCCUAGUUGGAAUAAUUGUCCACGUCAGCGGUGGACGCAUCGAACCACGCGAGUACGACCUCAAAGAGUACUGGACCUGGAAGGGGAUCGGUCGUCCACCCUGGUUUGUAAGAGUCAUGAAGCGCCACCGUCGGUGCCGCGACGAGGGCGGCAACACCAUUACCUCCGGCAGCAACGGCACCGACGACAUGGAUGGCUCUUCCUCCAUGACCCGAGUCAAAACCAUUUCGAACGACUACUCCGCCGCAAAUGGCGGAGCAAAGAUGUGA